GGCUUAGAGAGCUGUAAACACGACUCAAUAUCAACACGCGACUGCUGGUUGCAGUUCAAUUUCUGCUCAUAUCAUAAUAAAAAUAAAAACCUUAAAACGAUUCUGCAUGUUCUUCAAUUGUAUAAUAAACUAAUUAAAAAUAUUUAUAGUUGAACUAUGCAUAAACUGAAAUACUCCCAAAAAGAAAAAGUUAAGCAGUUUAUUGCUUUUACACAAACUGGUGAAAAAACAGCUAUUUAUUGUCUUUCACAACAUGAUUGGAAAUUAGACGUUGCGUCGGACAAUUAUUUUCAAAACCCUGAAGUGUAUUUCCGGGAACAAAAAGUUUCAGUGGACAAAAAAAAGUUAGAAAACUUGUAUUCCAAAUAUAAAGAUCCUCAUGAAAGUGAAAAAAUAACAGCUGAUGGUGUAAUGAAAUUUCUUGAGGAUCUUAACCUUUCUCCUGAUAGUAGACUUGUUUUAAUAACAGCAUGGAAAUUUAAAGCGGCCACUCAAUGUGAGUUUACUAAAGAAGAAUUUAUAUGUGGUAUGAAUGAACUAGGAUGUGAUUCUAUAGAAAAAUUGAAGCAUAAACUGCCAUCUCUUGAAAAUGAGCUAAAAGAUGCUGUGAAAUUUAAGGACUUUUAUAAUUUUACUUUUAAUUAUGCAAAAAAUCCUGGUCAAAAAGGUUUAGACUUGGAUAUGGCUAUUGCUUACUGGAAUAUAGUUUUAACUGGUCGGUUUAAAUUUUUGGACCUGUGGUGUCAAUUUUUAAAAGAACAUCAUAAAAGAUCUAUACCCAAAGAUACUUGGAAUCUCCUUCUAGAUUUCUGUAAUAUUAUAUCUGAUGACAUGAGCAACUAUGAUGAAGAAGGUGCCUGGCCUGUUUUAAUUGAUGACUUUGUUGAAUGGGCCAGACCAAUCUUACAUUCUGGUCAUAGCACACAAGUAUGAUAUUUCCUGUGUACAGAACUAUUAUAUGAAAAUGGAAGAAAGGAAAUGAAAUCUUGUAAUAUAAGUUUUGUAAAUAAGUACAACUUGUACAUCCACUGUAAAGAAUGAAUUUCUAUUUGUGAAGGUAAAAGAAAGUUAUUACAUGAAUCUAAUUUGUUUUAUUAAAAUAAAUGAUUUUAAAUGCUUUAAUUUUGAUGGUUAAAGUAAUUAGACAUGAAACAAGGAGUGUUCCAAUAUGCAUACCUGCUAACUUUUACUCUACCGGAAUGAUUUUGCCUAUAAAUUUGAAGCUAUCUAUCUACUAUUAGAACUAUCUUUUUUUUAUUUUGCCAUAGCUUAAAGACAUCAUUAUAUAAAUACCUUAUAUAUUUCUUUAAUUUAUUUACUUAUGGUGAUAGUCCAUAUAAGUUUGAAUUAAACUCCUGAAUUCAAAAUGCAGAAAAACCAUUAAAUUUUGCUUAAAAAGAUUAAAAUAAAAUUUUACAAAACAUUCAUAAAAGUUAGCAGCUAUGCUGAAUGCAUGUCAUAAUGUAAUUUAGAGCUUUUGAUGUUAUACAUGUGAUAUGUUUUGAUUUUUAAUUUAAUUAAAAAAUGAAAUGAUUCUAUUUUAUCAAUUUAAGAAUGAAUUUGUUAUAUAAAUAACUUUCAAAAUUGUUUGUUAUUAUUUUUUGUUGAAUCAAUUCUGAUAGCAAUUAAUUCUAUGAAUGUUGUGUAUAAAAAUAUACCUUUUUUUUAUUUAAAAUUGUAAGUUGAAUAAUACUAUUAUGAACAAAAUAGAAACUAUAAAUGCUUGAAUAUGAAAUUGACUUUUAUAAAGUUAAUAAUGCUCGAAAUAUUUUUUAUACUUACUCAAUAUGUUCAAUAUUUUUUUGUGAUUUAUUGGAUGUACUACUCCAAGGUUUAAUAAAUCACUGCUUUGAUUUUAGAGCAAACAGUGUGUUGUUGCUCUAAAGUAAAUAUAUAUAUAUCUUUAGUAGUUGAACUGCUUGUAUUGAAUUUUGUAUUGAACUACACUUUGUAAUGAUUGAAAUUUUUUUGCAAGAUAAAAUGCUCUUUUAUUCAUUAAUUAUGAAAUGGACAGUCAAGAUUGGACAAGUUUUAACAUAAGUAUUAAGAUGAAACACAAGUAUCUGGUUUUUUUAUUGUGUUCUCAUCUUUGGCAUCCAAUAUUUACUAUAUUUUUCAUUGUUGAUCUUUUUGUUAUUGAUUAGCAAACAUAUUUUUAUUUGUUAAUCAUUGCGAUCUGUAGAAAAAUUGUUAUCUCUUAAGGAUACUUCAAGAAUUAAUAUUUUUAUUCAGUUAAAUAAAUAAAUUUGACUUCAGAACUCUUU